UCGGUCAGCGACGCUGUUAAGCGGAGACAAGUUCCUUUUCUUGCAGCAUUUCCGGUAUCAAGAUGGUGGCUUCAGCUAUUUAAAGACUUUCUGAACCCUUCUCCGUCCCUUUGUGGAUCUUUUUUUUUUUUUAAACUGGAUGUGACGCAUUAAAGGAACCGACGGAAGUAGAACCGAAGGAGUUCGAAAAUGGCGAACCGUACGGUGAAGGAUGCGCAUAGCAUCCACGGCACCAAUCCUCAGUAUUUGGUGGAGAAGAUCAUUCGGACGCGAAUCUACGAGUCUAAGUACUGGAAAGAGGAGUGCUUUGGACUGACGGCUGAACUUGUAGUCGAUAAAGCCAUGGAGUUGAGGUUUGUGGGUGGUGUCUAUGGUGGCAACAUAAAGCCAACUCCCUUUCUGUGUUUGACCUUGAAGAUGCUUCAAAUUCAACCCGAGAAGGAUAUCAUUGUAGAGUUUAUCAAAAAUGAAGAUUUCAAGUAUGUCCGCAUGUUGGGAGCACUUUACAUGAGGCUGACAGGCACUGCAAUUGAUUGCUACAAGUACUUAGAGCCUCUGUACAACGACUAUCGAAAAAUCAAGAGCCAGAACCGAAAUGGGGAGUUUGAACUGAUGCAUGUGGAUGAGUUUAUUGAUGAACUGCUGCACAGUGAGAGAGUCUGUGAUAUCAUUCUACCCCGGCUACAGAAACGCUAUGUGCUAGAGGAAGCUGAGCAACUGGAGCCUCGGGUUAGCGCUCUAGAAGAGGACAUGGAUGAUGUGGAGUCCAGUGAAGAGGAAGAAGAGGAAGAUGAGAAGUUGGAGAGAGUGCCAUCACCUGAUCAUCGCCGGAGAAGCUACCGAGACUUGGACAAGCCCCGUCGUUCUCCCACACUGCGCUACAGGAGGAGUAGAAGCCGGUCUCCCAGAAGGCGGAGUAGGUCUCCUAAAAGGAGGAGCCCCUCCCCUCGCCGAGAAAGGCAUCGGAGCAAAAGUCCAAGACGUCACCGCAGCAGGUCUCGAGAUAGAAGGCACAGAUCCCGCUCCAAGUCUCCAGGUCAUCACCGUAGUCACAGACAUAGGAGCCACUCAAAGUCUCCUGAAAGAUCUAAGAAAAGCCACAAGAAGAGCCGGAGAGGGAAUGAGUAAUGGACUCAGUUUGGUUUUAGUCCAAAUGGCCUCAUGUGGAUCUGAAGUCACCUGUCUAUGUGGAAGUAUCAAGACCUACACCUUAGGCAGCUAUGAGAAUAUUUUAGCUCUUUUUAACCAAGUUUCUCCACUUUUUUUUUUUUUUUUUAAAUGAAAGAGGUGCUGAGUUUUGUAUCGCUUUUUGAAUCAUAAUCCACAUUUGAGGGAUAGCACUUCCCAAGGGCUGCUUUCGACCCCUCUGUACAACCAACCUUGACUGUACUCAACUUUGUAAGGGAUUUGAGGGGUGGAGAGGAUGAAUGACAAGGAGAGGAUGUGGCUGCAUGGUGACCCUUUUAUUAUUAAAUUUUACACAUCCACUUUCCGUA